AUUCACGUCUUGGCUGGCGACGGCGUCGCGCCUCAACACCUAAGACGCGCGUCCCCCCCUUGACUCUUAUAUAUAUCCAUCUCUCUACCACGUAUCCUGACCACACCACACUCCCUGAAUCUCAUUAUGUCUCGUUCUUCGACAGAGCGCGACCAACAACUACUCUCCAUCGGACACCAAUGUUCUGAAGCCACAUGCAUGCUGAUCGACUUCCUUCCUAUCGAGUGUCAGCACUGCGCUAAACCCUUCUGCACGAACCAUUUCCUACCUGCCUCCCACAAGUGCGACAAGUAUGACGAGAGCAAGUACAACCGGGUCGCCCCAUCUUGUCCUUUGUGCAAUGUUCCUAUUGCUAUCCCACCUGGGCAGGAUCCUAACAUCCGAAUGGAGCGCCAUUUCAAUGAGGAAUGCUCUGUCAUGACGGGCAAGUCUGGUAAAGCCAGGUCCUCGCCCAUCUGUGCGAAAGGGAAAUGCGGUAAGGUUCUGUUUCAACCCAUCCGAUGCAGUGACUGUCAACAGCAGUACUGCCCAGCACACCGUUUCCCCGCCACCCAUGAUUGUUCACCUUUGAAUUCAUCCACCUCCGCAGCUACAUCGAGAGGACACUUUAAUCCUAUCUUCGCGUCUCAUCAUCAGACGCUGGCGGCGAGCGCUUCUAGCGCUGUUGCUUCUAUCAAGCGCACCUUAGCGGCACCGAACGCUACACGAGCUACUUCAUCCAGCUCAUCCAAACUUCAUGAUACCAAACUCAAACCUAAGCCUUCGUCGAAUGCGGCGAGCGCUUCUAGCGCUGAUGCUUCUAUCAAGCGCACCUUAGCGGCUACAGGAGCUACUUCAUCCAGCCCAUCCAGCCCUCAUGAUACCAACCCCAAAUCUAAGCCUUCGUCGAAUCCUUUCUCAAAGACCGACAGACGAGCGAAAGACGAAAGGGAGAGUCGGAUAAGCGCCAUGCAAGCCCGGGAUCGCAAGGGUUUACUACGCGAUGAUGAGAAGGCCUUACUUGCAUCGCUUGAGGCGGAGCGAUCCAGUGACAAGGAUUGUGUUAUAAUGUAGCUAGACUUUUAUCGGAUCUCCAUAUAUCUGACGGACUUGGAAUCUAUUCUUUAUGUAUACCAUUCUUUCCAGAUG